UCUCUUUACUCUUUUUGAAAUUAAAUAUUUAAAAUAAUAAUAAGGCGCUCUCUUAUUCUCUAGAGUUCUCGGGACCUAGACUCCGAUUCUUGGCGCUCCUUUUGACUCAGAGUGCAGGUCCAAUGAGCAGCCUUUCUAGUUAGAGUUAUUCAUUGCUGUUCUACAAGGCAUGCAAAAUAUGAAAAAAGAAAACUCAGCUGCUGCCAAAGUUGAAAAGCCUACUUCAAGAAUCACAAGAGCACGAGCUAAAGCAUUGGGGACUUCAGUAGGGGUAUUCCCCUCUGUAAAGCCUUCUUUAAAACCAGACCAGAAGCCUGCUCAUAAAGUGAGUUCCAAAAGAGCGGCUGACGAGAACGAAGCUUCUAUAACUGCUGCCUCUGGCCUGCAUCAUAAAAGAAGGGCAGUGCUUAAAGAUGUAACUAACAUCAGUGAAAAUGCAAUCUUCAACCGAAACAAUGUUGCUAAAGUUCAGUCUGUCAAGGUGGCUAAGAUAGCAAAGGUGGUUGCAGAUGUCUCUGUAGAAAUCCUACCAGAUGAAGAUGACGUGAAGUCAAAGUUAGCUGAAGACUUAUCUAAAAUAAGGAUGGUGGAACCAGAACAAAUCAGUCUGCCAGCUACAUUGAAAAAAAGAGAGCCAGUCAAACAGAGCAUUUGCCACAACACUGAUGAUUGUGGCAAAGCAGAAAUGAUUCUUUCAGCAUAUGCUUCCGAGAAACCUGUUGGACUCAAAGGUCCUCAAAAGAAAGAAGAAAACCAGUUGUGCCAGGACCUGCAAUCAAAUGAUCUAUGCAUCAUUAAUAUUGAUGCAAACUUGAAAGAUCCUCAAGCUUGCAGUUUGUAUGCCCCUGAUAUAUACAAUAGAAAACGUGUCAAAGAGCUUGACCUAAGACCUUCAACUACUUAUAUGGAAGAUUUACAGCAAGAUAUCACUCCAAACAUGCGGGGAAUUCUCAUUGAUUGGCUUGUGGAGGUUUCUGAAGAAUAUAAACUGGUUCCAGACUCACUGUACCUCACAGUGAAUCUCAUUGAUCGGUUUCUCUCCCAAAGUUAUAUACAGAAACAAAGGCUUCAGCUACUUGGUGUCACUUGCAUGCUAAUUGCCUCAAAGUAUGAAGAAAUCUGUGCACCACGAGUGGAAGAAUUUUGCUUCAUCACAGACAACACUUACACAAAAAGAGAGGUGUUGGAAAUGGAGAGUCAAGUUUUGAAUCUCGUGCACUUUCAGUUAUCCGUUCCCACCUCAAUAACAUUUCUUAGGAGAUACAUUCUAGCUGCACAGGCUUCUUAUAAGGUUUCCAGUCCAGAACUUGAAUUUUUGGCAAAUUAUCUAGCAGAGUUGACUCUUGUUGAAUAUGACUUCUUAAAAUUUAUCCCUUCCCUCAUAGCUGCAUCUGCUGUGUUUUUAGCCCGAUGGACACUCAAUCAAUCAGAGCACCCCUGGAAUCCAACUCUAGAGCACUAUACUAACUACAAGGCAUCAGAACUGAAGUGUACAGUACUUGCAUUAGAAGGGUUGCAGAUGAAUACUAAUGGCUGCCCACUCAAUGCUGUACGAGAAAAAUACAGACAGCAGAAGUUCAGAAGUGUGGCAAUUUUGACCCCAACAACGCGAGUUGUAUCACUGUUCUGAAGAUGAACGAAAGCUGAUUAUUUCUUCCUUCUAAGCCGAAUUUCAGCUGACAAAGCUCUUCCAUACUGAUAAUUGUGUUGAAGGGUACACAUUUACCUUCUUAAUUUAAAAAUUAUGGUCAGUGUUUAAUUAUUGUUGUAACAUCUUAUCCUGUUCUUCUGGUGCUUCCAGAAGGUGAAAAAAAUUGUAUCAUUUUUUAUUAAUUGCUACAGUGUGGCACAUUUAGACAAUAGGUCCUCCGUCUAUAUCAUUUCUUAAUAAUAAUUUUUCACAAUACUCCCCUGCCUCGGGGAGCCUUUAACAUACCUCUUGAGUUGCAAGUAGGCAUUGCGAAUUUAGCUAUUAAAAUAGUCUUUUGUAUCUAAGCCUUCUUGAAUCAUGAAGUUGUUUCCUGUAUUGUUAUGUGCCCUAAUAAACCUAACCCAUGUUCUUUCAUACCAA